AUCAUGAAAUUUUGGAGGAGAAACGCUUAAGGUAAACGUGACAACUUUUAUUCUUAACUAAAAUUUGUAAUAUUUUCCUUCAUGUGCUCUGAUAUCAUAAAUCAUACACAAUAAAACUUCACUCAGCAUCUAAGUUCUCAUAUAUACAUGUAUCUGAAAUGAUUACCGAAAAUUUUAAGCAUGGGUCACCACAACUAUAUGAGCACAAUAAACACUGAAAUUAUACCGUUGAUUAUAAUAACGUUCCAUAAAUAUUUACAAAUCGAUUGCUCCUGCACAACGGUGAUGGAGCUACCCAUUGUGGCAGUGUGUUGUUUAUCAGGCAUGGCCAUGAGAUUGUGAUUGCAACUUUCAUUAAAUGUCUAUUGAGAAGAAGAACAUAUCUCUCUUUAUAAAGACAUGAAAAAUAAUGUUUGAUCAUCUUAAACAGAAAAAAAUAAAAGGUUAUAGCAAAAAAUGGUGAACUUAGCGGUUGCACUAAGAUCGUCGAUGUGCAUUAUCGUGAAAUCAGCCGGACUUGUUCCACAUACCGUAGAAACCGAACCAGGAACAAAGGUUAACUUCUGGUUACCGAAAAACUCCUGCGAAAACUCAGCCGGGAAGCCAGCAAAACCAGCAGUAUUACUCAUUCACGGUUUCGCCGGCGACGGAGUGAUGACGUGGGCGUUUCAAGCUUGUUCGUUAUCAAAGAGUUACUCUGUUUACAUACCGGACUUACUAUUUUUCGGUGGGUCUUACACCGAUAAACCGGACCGGUCACCAGAGUUUCAAGCCGAGUGUAUGGUUAAGGCUAUGAGUAUCCUUGGCGUGGAUAAGUUUGUCCCGGUCGGAUUUAGCUACGGUGGCGUUGUGGCUUUCAAGAUUGCGGAGUUGUAUGGGAACAUGGUUAAGGCUUUGGUGGUGACCGGUGCACCUCCCAUUAUGACCGAUUCGAAUGUGAACCGGUUUGGGUUAAGUUCAAUGUCGGAUGUCUUGUUACCCAAAACGGUUAAAGGACUUGAGUUUCUUCUCUCCGUUUCUUUGCACAAACGCAUUUGGCUCCCAAGUUGGCCUCUCAAAGAUUACCUUAAGACAAUGUUCACAAAUAGGAAAGAAAUGGCUGAACUUUUAGAAGCUCUAAUCAUCAACAAAGACACUACUACACUCCCCAGUUUCCCUCAGAGAAUACAUCUUUUGUGGGGUGAAAAUGAUCUAUUCUUCAGUGUUGAAUUUGCAAAAGAUCUGCAACCGAAAUUGGGUGAAAUGACAAGCAUGGAGAGUAUAAAAAAUGGAGGUCACUUGGUGCAACUAGACAGACCAUUUGUCUACAACAAACUACUCAACAAAUUUCUUGUUUCUGUUCAUUAAAACAAAGUUUGUGCUUAAUUAAGGCAGAGUCACUCGACGAAGAUAAUGCUCGGCCUGCUCGAAAAGUGUCUCUUAAAUUAAUAAGGAGAGACUGAAUUCAUACUUGCCAUUUUUCUAAUGAUCCUAGUAAAAAUCAAUUUUCGAAAAUCAUCGAGGAAUGUUCACUGUUGAAAAAAUACGCGGUAUUCUUACAGUGCAAUUUUCAGAAACAGGUGGUGCUUUAG